AUGAACCAUGACGACGAUGAUGUAUCAUCAUGGCUUACACUUUCACUACCAUCUUCACCAUCCCUCGGACCUUUUAACCCACAAACAUUCUUUCAUUCUAACACUACGUACCAUGGUGUUCCUCCUGCUGCUGCACUUUCAUACAAAGAACAAGAUAUGGUGAAUGCAUCAUCUUGUCUUACACUUUCUCUAUCACCACCUCAACCUCAACAGUUAGAAUACGCUCCAUUAACACCUUCAGUUUCUCCUAAUGCUAUCACUAGUAGCAAUAGCGAGGUGAUGGAAAGUCCUCAAACUAUUCAACCACCGUUCCCACCGUUCCCAUGUGCACUUUCAUACGAAGAACAAGAUAUGGUGAAUGCAUCAUCAUGUCUUACACUUUCUCUACCACCACCUCAACCUCAACAGUUAGAAUACGCUUCAUUAACACCUUCACUUUCUCCUCCUAAUGCUAUCACUCGUAGCAAUAGUGAGGUGCUGGAAAGUCCUCAAACUAUUCAACCACCGUUCCCAUGGGCAACUUUAAAGCCCGCCACCGUUCACACUAUCAACCACUUGUUGUAUGAUUUGAAUAUUAACACUAUUUCAGGUACUCUUGAAUGCAAAUUCUGUAAGUUUCAACAAACUGACGUUCGUUUUGAUUUGCUUGAAAAGUUUGAGAAAGUGGCAAAUUUCAUCGAGGAGAAAAGGCCUAAGAUGUUUGAACGUGCACCCGAUCAAUGGAUGAAACCCGUGUUGCCAAAUUGCAGGAGUUGCGGGCCUAAAAGCAAAAUGAGGCCAUUGAUUGGAAAGAAUGAAGAAAUCAAUUGGCUGUUUUUGUUUUUGGGUGAGAUGAUAAGGUGUUGCAAUCUUGUGCAUUUGAAGUAUUUUUGCGAACAUGCUAAUAUUCACAGAACUGGUGCCAAAGAUAGAUUGCUAUAUCAAACAUAUUUGAGUUUAUACAAACAACUCCAACCACAAUGA